CGUGGACGGUCACGUGACGCGGCGGCCAACAUGGCGGAGGAGGAGAGCGUAGCUUAGUAACCAGAAGCCUCCAGCUGAGCGGAGGAAGCACCGAGGAGGUAGUCCACGUUUCCAGGGGACCGACCGUAAGCUUGCCGAUUCCUGCUGUGUGGUCCGGCUCUGAGGCAGCAGGAUGCCGGGAAAAAACGGCGACCAGUUUAAAGCCGGAGACCUGGUGUUUGCCAAGAUGAAGGGCUUCCCUCACUGGCCCGCCAGGAUCUGUAAGUCAAACAGCGGCUACAGGAAGCGAGUCCCGGUCUUCUUCUUCGGGACCCAUCAGAUAGGCAGCCUCCCGCCCGCCAACGUCGUCCCCUACAUGGGAAACAAGAUGAAGUACGGCAGCGGCGUCCGCAUCAAAGGCUUCGCCGAGGGGAUGUGGGAGAUCCAGAACACUCCUGGAGUCGGCAGUAAGCUCAAAGUACCAGGAAAGACCAACACUCAGACUACACCCACUAAACAGGCUUCUGCAAACAAAACUAAACUGACUUCUGGGCCCAAAGCUGCACCCGCUAAGCCAGCCUCUGCCACUAAAGCAACACCUGCCUCGAAGACUACACCUGCUAAAACUCCACAUGACAAACUGAGAAGCUCCUCGACUCCCAGUCAACCCGAGUCCAGCAGUAAACCGGCCGCCAGAAGAAGCACUCCGAGCAAAGCUGCUGCUGAAACAGAACCAUCUGUGAAAGCUGCUACCAGGGCUUCGUCUAGAUUAGCUCCAGACAGAGCUGCAGAGUCCAAACAAACUUCUACAGAUGUUACAGAAGCUGCUGCGACGGCAAGAAGCAGAAGAGCAGCGAGCAGAGGAUCUGCAGGAGCGAGUGCAGGUUCUGCUGAGGAUAGAAAAGAGAUACCAGCGAGCGACGCCUCAGUGUGCGACAGUAAACCUGCUGCUGAAACAAGUCAAGUUACAGCCAAGAAGGAAACUCGGAGCACUCGCAGAUCUUCAGCAGAGGAACCAAACUCCAAACAGGCUGAAACAUCAGCAGCAGCGUCCAGCUCUGCAGAGACGACCAGAAGCAGAGCAGCAGAGUCGAAGGUGGACGCUGAAGCUGAGCAGAAAACAGCUGCUGAAACACCUGCAGGAGAGAAGAAGAAGAACGAGGAGGACCGAGGACGGAAGAGGAAGAGAGGCAACAAGAAAAGAAGCGAGGACACCAGCGAAGGAAAGAAGGAGGAGACGAGACGGACUUCAAACAGGAAGAGGUGGAGGAAAGAGGAGGAGGAGGAUGGAGUCCAGGAGGAGGAAGCUAAAGACGAAGGACGGAGGGAGGAGAAGACGACCUCCAAGAGACGAGCGUCACGAAGACAGAUAGAAGAGAAGGUGGAGGAGAAGAGAGACCGAGACGGCGGCGAAGGGAAGAAGGAAAAGAGGAGGAGGGAAUGGAGGAAGAGAGAAAGGGAGGAGCCGAAGAAACCGAGAGACGACAAGGACGGAAAGAAGGACGCGAGGAGAGAAGAGAGCCAGAGAACCAAGAGGAAGAGGGAGGAAGAGGAGAAGCCAGGACAGGACGGAGGUGUGGAGGCAAAGGAGAGAGGAGGCGAGUCUGUGGACAGAGAGCGACAGCGCCACCUGGCGGCGAAGAGGGAGAGUCUGCUGAGGUCUCUGAGAGGUCUGCUGAAGGCCGACAGAGGAGCGAAGAGGAGGGAGGCGAUGAAGAGCGUCUCGAGAGUCGGAGACGCAGCGAAGAAGAAGACGAGCAGGAAGACGGGAACCUCCAUCAGCCAGAAAACACCAGAGAAGAAGAAGGAGCAGGAGGAGGAGGCCGAAGAGAAGGCAAGUCACACGGCAGAGGAGGGGAAGGACAAGGAGGCGAGAGGAGAAGACAAGAAAAAGAACGAAGAAAAGAAAGACGAGAGGAAAAUAAUCGGGAAGAUCGUGAAGGCAACGGCCGGCCAAGGAACGAAGAUCCAGGUGAUGAUGGGAGGAGCAACGACAACGGCUGCAACAGAGGAGGAGAAGAAGAAGAAGAUGGAGGAUAAGGAGAAAAGGGAGGGGGAGGAGAAGAAGAAAGAAGACAAAAAGAUGGAAGAGAAGAAGAAGAAGGUGGAGGAGAAGAAAAAGGAGGAGGAGAAGAAGACAGAAGAGAAGAAGGUGGAGGAGACAAAGAGGAGCUUGAGAGGCAGCACCGAAGAGAAGAAGAAAUCUGAAGACGUGAAGACAAAACAAAGCUCAGAGGCCGAGAGGAAAUCUGAAAGAACGAGAGCGACGACAGAGGAUAGAAAAGACAAGACUGCAACGGAAGUGGAGAAGAAGAAAGACGAGAAAAAAGUGGAGGAGAAGAAGAAGAAGAGCUCGGAGGAGGAGAAGAAGAAGUCUACAGACGGGAGAAGAGUCUCAGAGGCCGAGAGGAAAUCUGAAAGAACGAGAGCGACGGCCGAGGAGGGAAAAGACAAGAAGAGCAUCACGGAGGAGGAGGAGAAGAGCGGAGCAAAUGGGACGGAAAGAGGAGAAGAAGAACCGAAAGAAGAGAAGAAGAAGAAAAUGAUGACGAGAGAACAGAAGAAGAAGAAAGAGAGCGACGUGGAACCGCAAAAGAAGAAGAACGUGAAGGAGAAUAAAGACGACAGAACGGUGACAACAGGUCAAAUGAAGAACGAAGAGACAAAACCACAGAAGAAGAACGUGGAGGAGAAGAAAGACGACAAAGCAGCAGCAGAUAAGGAGAAGACGACGGCCGCUGAAGAGACAAAACCACAGAAGAAGAGCGCAGAGGGGAGGAAGGACGACAAAACGGCGACAGAUCACACGAAGAAGACGCACAGCGACCAGACGAAACCUCAGAAGAAGAGCGGCGACGGGAGCAGCAGAGCCGAGUCCUCGUUUGAAUCCACCACCGAAGAAGAAGCAGACAAGAAGAGCGCGGCGGCGUCGGCGUCGCUGACCGACUCGACGCUGCACAGAAUCCACGGGGACAUCCGGAUCGCUCUCAAGUCCGACAACCCGGACGUGUCCAAGUGUCUGGCGGCGCUGGACCAGCUCAGCAUGGUGUACGUGACGUCGCAGCACGUGCAGAGGCACAGCGAGCUGGUGGCUACGCUCCGAAAGAUGCGGUACUACCGGGCCAGCGAGGCCGUCAUGGCCAAGGCCUCGAUGCUCUACAGCCGCUUCAAGAACGCCUUCCUGGUGGGCGAAGGCGAGGAGGUGGUGAGCGCCGCCUUCCUGCGCUCGCUGCUGCAGGAGAAGGAGAAGGAGGAGCAGCAGAGGGUGGAGCGGCUGAGGAGGGACGAGCUGCUGGAGGAGGUGAGGAGGAGGAUGGACCAGCUGAAGGAGAGGAAGAAGAGGGACGACGGGGAGCCGGACGACGAGGCGGCAGCUCCAGUGGACUCUUCCUGAAGUUCUCCUGAAGCCGCCGGACUGAACCACGUCUGCCCUGCGGGGGGGAGGAGCUGAAAAACACCUUGACACACGUUUACCUCGACACACUGAGCAGUGUUUUUAUUUAUUACUUGUUGUGGACAGACUGCGACGCCUGAGCAGCUGUGAGGCGUCCGCAGGAGGUUUUAUUUACCUUUAUUUACCUAACGUUAGCAUUAACUCUGAUCUGAGCUCAGCUCCUCCUCCUGUGAUCAAACUGUCACCUGGUCAGAGUCCAGCCUCACCUGGACGCACCUGUCUCACCUUUCACCUGCCGCACAGACGCAGUUAGUUAAAGAUACACAAAGUCUGAUGGGUUCAUUUCUGUUCGAGGUCAAACUGACGCAUUAAAGCUUUUUGUAAAACUUUGUACAGACAGAUUUUAUUGUGACGCUUUUAUUUCCUCUCAUUGUGUUUGGUGGGUUUUGGCUGUUACUGGAGCGUGUCGCUGUGUUUACGGAGCGACAGACGGAGGAAAAGUGUUUUACGUUUGGUUUUAUGGUGUUCAGACGGGAUUAAAGUGUUUCUGUGAUAUCUGCUGUGUUCAUUAUUAAACGGAGAAAUUCACAAUCA